AUGAGCGUCGGUACAAUUAUGGAGUCCAGAGAUGUUACAUUUUUUGAGAACAUAUUUCCCAUGAGAGAUAUGCAUAGCACAUCUAGAGAGGAUCAUGAUAUACCUGCUAAACACGACAGUUCAAAGGAACAUCAAGAUCAUGAUGUAGAUCCUGAACCCACCAUCCCAAUUGAAAAUCUUGAACAAAUACUUGCUGAGAUUCCUGAGGAGGAUGACAAUGAAGCUCCUACAAGGAGUAAGCGACAAAGGAUUGCAAAAUCCUUUGGUGAUGAUUUCAUUGUGUACCUUGUGGAAGACACUCCUAAAAUCAUUAAUGAGGCCUUUGCAUCUCCGGAUGCAGACUGUUGGAAGGAAGCCAUUCGGAGUGAGAUGGAUUCCAUCAUGGCUAAUGCUGAUGUGAUUUUAAACAUCAAGCUUGUGAGAGACAACAAUGGUGAGAUCACUCUGUUGCUGUCUCACUAUGUGGAGAGGAUAUUGAGUCGUUUCGGCUAUGCUGAUUGUAAACCUUCUCCAACUCCUUAUGAUCCAAGUGUUCUGCUUCGCAAGAAUCACAGAAUUGGAAGAUACCAACUGAGAUAUUCUCAGAUUAUUGGCUCGCUCAUGUACCCCAAGGUACUUGAGGGCUAUAGUGAUUCAAACUGGAUAUCUGAUGUUGAUGAACUAAAGGCCACAAGUGGAUAUGUGUUCACACUCGGAGGGGGCGCUGUUUCCUGA